AUGUCCUCCGCCAAAUCCGCCAUCUCUACCAUCAUACUUGCCUUUGUAGCAGCACUGGGAGUACAAGCCGAGACUCAUACCGUCACCUUUGACAACCGUUGUGGUUAUGGAACACCUACUUUGAUUCAAGACGGCCGUGUCCUCUCGACAGGUGGUGCAUACACAAGUUACGGACCACUCACUGCAGCCAUCGCCUAUCUCCAAACCGGAGCCUGCGGAUUCAACGGCGAAAACUGCUCGCUGCUCGAAACUACGCUCGUCAACCCCACUUGCGCCGGAUGCGGGUCCAGCACGGACGUUUCGCUGAUCCCCCGCACGCAUUCUCGGUGA